GCCCUGGGCAUGCCGGGCGCGGGUCUCCAGGGCGCGGCUGGCGGCAGCGGGAGCCAUCGCGCAGGCAUCUGGGAUUGCUCACCACCUGCAGCUUCGCUUCGGAGGCGGCGGCUGGCACGGAGGCCAGGCUACAUGAGAAGCACAGCUGGGCCCGGAAUCAGGUUCCCAGCAGUGGACACGCCAUUCCAGGAUCUGAGAGGGGUGGGCAGCAAGGAGCUCCACCACUCCGCAUCCAGGGCUGGACAAAGCAACCUUGGCCGGAGUAGCCAUGACCGGGAACCCCUGCUGGGGAGCUGUGUCCCUAACAGCUCCAAAACCCCUGCUGUGGCCUCUGUGGGCCACCGGAGCCUGGCCCAGACCUCUGCAGGAGGAAGCCCAAUGGGCUUUUGGAUUCACCCCAGAGCUGGCACCGGAUUGCCUGCCAGGCUUGCCGGGCUGCGUGGCCCCGAUGAUGCCUGGGGGCAGCAAGAGUCUUUAUCCAUGGACAGUUCUGUUGCCCCAGGCACCAGCCAGGACCCAACCCUGUGUGCAGGAGCAAGGGGCGCUGGGGCCUCCAGGGGGCAGGCGCCUUUGGAGGGGUGUGGUAGCAGCCGCAGUCUGGGCAGCGGCCCUGCAGCCCCCCACACCCUGCCUGGCUCCUGUGAGAGCUUUACCUCCAGCUUCAGCUUCAUCCGCCUCUCUCUUGGCUCUGCCGGGGAACGUGGGGAAGCAGAAGGCUGUCCGCCUUCUAGGGAGGCGGAGACCACUCAUCAGAGCCCCCAGGAAAUGGGAGUCAGAGCCACCAGCCCAGACAGGUCCCACGAGGACCCUCCUGGUCUCCCUCAGCCCUUCCGUCUCACGGCUGCCCAGGGCUUGGCAGACCUGGCCCAGGUGUUGGAGAAGAGCUCCGGGCCGGAGUGUGGUCUGCUUUCUUCCCUAAACAUGGACACUGGCUGCUCCUCUUCCCUGGAUCCCUCGCUGGCUGGCUGUGGCUGUGAUGAGGGCAGUGGCUCAGGGGACGUCCACGGCUGGGAUACCCUGCUCAAGAGAUGGGAGCCCGUGCUGCGGGACAGCCUGCUGAGCACCCGGAGGCAUCUGGAGGUGACCUCCUUAAGAGUAAAGCUUCAGAAACUUCAAGAAGCAGCAAUUGAGGAUGAUGAUUUUGACAAAGCUGAGGUGCUGAAACAGAGGUUAGAAGACCUGGAGCGAGAGUCAGGCGGGCUGCAGCUGGGGCUCCCCUCGAGGCAGCCGGCUCUGCACAGCUUCCUGGGCCACCUGGCGGUGCAGGCCCAGGCCAUCCUGCAGGUUGCUGCUCAGCAGGCCUGCAGCGAGGACACCCAAGCCCCACCUGGAGGAGAGCCGUGGCCCCGGGAGCCCACAGCCCAGGACGGCCUGCGUGUGACUGCCGCGCGGCGGGACUGGCUGCUUGGGGAGCGGCAGCAGCUGCAGAAAGAAAUGGAAGCUCUUCAAACGAGGCUGUCUGUGCUGGAGGCCGAGGACCAGCGGCUGGGGCGGGAGCUGGAGGAGCAGGAGCAGCUGCUCCGGGGGCAGGGCUGUGGUGUGACGGAGCCCAUGGCCCGGCUGCCCCUGGGCCAGCUGCAGGCACUCGGCAAGGCCCUGAAGGACAUGCUGGCCGCAGCUGGUCAGCUGCACUUCCAGGCGGAGCCACCGGAAGACAUAACAAGCCUCCAGGAGAGGAUAAAAUCCCUCAACCUGUCACUUAAAGAAGUCACCACUGAGGUGUGCACAAGCGGGAGCCUCUGCAGCAGGCUGAGGAGGAGAGUCAGCCACCUGGAGACCCGACUGCCGGCCCUGCAUGAAGCCAAAGCACUUGCCAUAUCAGGAGGCCAUUUCUGCACGGCCAAGGACCUGGCUGAGGAGAUCCGCUCCCUGGGCAGUGAGCGUGAGGAGCUGGAGGCGCUCCUGGGCAAGAUGCUGGGGCUGAGUUCCAGAAGCACCGGGAAGCUGGGACGCCUUCGUGAGGACCAGGACAGGCUGUGCCGGGAGCUGGCCUGCCAGGCUGCGGCCUACGAAGCGAGUGUGAAGGAGAAGACCGUGAAGUACAUGGAGGUGCUUGAGGGAAACCUGCGCAGCUGCGAGAAUCCGCUGCUCCAGAAGGUGUGGGUGGCUGACUUGGAGGCUUGCCGGCUCCUGCUGCAGAGUCUGAAGCUCCAGGAGGCAGUGGGCAGCCCAUGUGCAGAAGACAAGGGGCCGAGGGACGGCCUGAGCUGGGCCCAAUCCGAGGAGCAGGGGAAGGCCCUGUGGCAGGCAUCACCCGAAUGGAGGGCUCACCACACCCCUGAGCUGCACUGCGCAGGAGAACAGAAAGAGGAAUCUUACAUCUUGUCUGCAGAACUUGAAGAACAAUGUGAAGCCAUAGGCAGGAAGCUGCUGGACUUGGAAGAUGCACUUCACACGGCCAUGCACAGUCACGACGGAGAGCUCAUUCAGUCCCUCAAGGGAGAGCUCCAGAUGGUGAAGGAAGCACUGCAGGCCAUGAUCCUGCCGCUCCAGACAGCCACGGAGGAGGCGGGAGGAGGAGAGGCAGCGGCCUCCUGCCCAGCAGCUGGUGUCCUGGAAGCACAGCCUGAGGGCAGGGGCCGGGAGGAGGUGGGCCACUCUGUCAUCAGGGUGGACUCAGGCUCCUGCUCCCGGGGCCUCACUGAUGUGCCUGGAACAGUCGUGGAGACGCAGAGCCUGGGGGUCUCCCAGCGGGGGGGUGGUCGUCCAUUCUCAUGAGCUGAAUUGGGGCGUCUGCAAAUUGGAAUACUGGAGUGGGUUGCUGAUUUUCCUUCUGAAUGUCACUUAGAGGUUCACCUCCAUGACAUUUAUGGGUGUGUGCUGCACAGGAUUUGGAAAUGUCUUCAUCUCCACCCCCACUGGACAGGGGUUAGAGGGAAUUCUGGUGGAAGAGUGUCUGUUUCCCAGUUUCAACUUGGACUCUGCUGCAGUUAGAAUAUUUCAUGAUUUAAGAACCUGUGGAAAGGAAACCAGCACAGGCCUCAGGACAUCUGUCGCACUUCCCUCCACCUUAUCCCCGAGAGCCAGUCACCCCAGCCGGGCUUGGCUGGUCCUCCCCUCACUCCCUGGACUCCCCUCUCCCCAGAGAAUUGACCUGAGCUUCCAGGCUGGUACUCUUCAAGGCACCAGCCUCAGCAACUGCAGCUUUGGGGGUUUUCCUGGCAAUGGGGGCACCUAUGGAAAGGAUGCCAGUCUGGACCUUUUGAAGUCCACCAUGGGGCAGGGACUGGGGCGGGGACGGGAACCAACCAGGAGAUGUGGGCCCUUUUGAGUCUCUCUUAUUUCCUGCCCAAUCUGUUUCCUUCUGUGAUGGGAGAAUCCGGCGUGGAACCCUCUGAGCAGGGCAGACCAGGCGGGAGACCAGUGCUCCACCCUCCACCGCAGGCCCCUGGGACUCCCGGGGCACCUGCAUCGCAUCCCACGUGCACCAAGAAAGGCGCUCCAGAGAAAGGCUCUGAGAACAAAGGUCUGUUUGGUCAAGAUGCCAGGCCUCACUCCUGUGUGGACAGGGCAGCACACCUGACGUGGGCCUGCGAGUGCCAGCAAGGAGCCCCUCAACUGUCUACCCUGAGCCUCCCACACUGAGUGCAUCUGUCCACCCCCCAAUAAACCCAGUUCCUUCCUCA